AUGUCAGAUACGAAUAGCACAAUUAGCUUAUCAGUAAGCAAUGUUACUUUAGCAUUUUUUAUGUCCCUACUAGCUUUUGCUAUCAUGCUAGGAAAUGCCAUGAUCAUUUUAGCUUUUGUGGUGGAUAAAAACCUUAGACAUCGAAGUAAUUAUUUUUUUCUUAACUUGGCCAUUUCUGACUUCUUUGUGGGUCUGAUCUCCAUUCCUUUGUACAUCCCUCACAUGCUGUUCGACUGGGAUUUUGGAAAGAAACUCUGUGCAUUUUGGCUCAUUACUGACUAUCUUUUGUGUACAGCGUCUGUAUAUAACAUUGUCCUCAUCACCUAUGAUCGAUACCAGUCAGUCUGUAACGCUGUGUCUUAUAGAGCUCAGAACACUAGAAUCUUGAAGAUUGUCACUCUGAUGCUGGCCGUUUGGGUGCUGGCCUUCCUAGUGAAUGGGCCAAUGAUUCUGGUUUCAGAGUCUUGGAAGAAGAAGGGUAAAAAAUGUGAACCUGGAUUUUUUUCAAAAUGGUACAUCCUUGCCAUCACGUCAUCCUUGGAGUUCCUGGUCCCAGUCAUCUCAGUUGCUUAUUUCAACAUGAAUAUUUACUGGAGCCUUUGGAAACGUGGUAAUCUCAGCAGGUGCCAAAGCCAUCCUGGAUUCACUUCUGUCUCUUCCAGAAACUGUGGAUACUCUUUCAGAUGUGGACUAUUUUCAAGGACCUCUCUUCCUGCACCAAAGGAAGCAGCUGUACCCCUUCAUUCAGAGAAACAAGGAAGAAAGAGCAGUCUCUGGUCUUCCUUGAGAACCCACACAAAUAGCAAUAUAAUUGCUUCCCAAACGGGUUCCAUCUCCCAGUCUGGUUCUGUAUCUCUUCACCGAAGGGAACGUCUUGAACUGCUCAGAGCUAGGAAAUUAGCCAAGUCACUGGCCAUUCUCUUAGGUGUUUUUGCCAUUUGCUGGGCUCCAUAUUCUCUGUUCACAAUUGUUCUUUCAACUUACCCCCCAGAAGAGCGUCCUGAAUCAGAGUGGUAUGAAAUCACAUUUUGGCUUCAGUGGUUCAAUUCUUUUGUCAAUCCUUUUUUGUAUCCAUUGUGUCACAAGAGUUUUCAGAAGGCUUUCUUGAAAAUAUUUUGCAUGAAAAAGCAACCCAUGUUAUCAAACAAUUGGUCAAUGUCCUUUUAA